AUGCAGCAACAUUGUGCUUCAUCAGCUGUGAACUUAUGCCGCAAAAUCCUUCAACCCCACCGAGUUGCCUCAGUCCGGCCACCGCCGCCUCCGCCACCUCCGCCACCUCAGCCGCCACUGCAGCCGCCACUUUGCGAUAUCUUCAUCAACCACUGUGGGGUUGAUACGAAGAGAACCAUUGCGGGGUUGCUCCACGGCCAUUUGUUCAGGUUGGGGUUGAGACCUUUCCUCGAUAGCAUGAAUAUGAAACCCGGCGAUAAGCUGUUCGGUAAAAUAGACCCGGCUAUUCGGAGCUGUAAGCUCGGCGUGGCGAUCUUUUCGCCGAAUUAUUGCGAUUCGUACUUUUGCUUACAUGAGCUUGCGCUUUUGAUGGAGUGUAAGAAAAGGGUUGUACCCAUAUUUUACGACGUGAAACCGUCGCAGCUUCGGGUGGUGGAUUACGGGACCAGCUCGGCCGAGGAAUUGGAAAGGUUUAGUUGGGCUCUCGAGGAAGCUAAAUAUACCGUUGGACUUACGUUCGAUAGUUUACAAGGGGACUGGUCGGGUUUCUUGAAUUGUGCAACCGAUGCUGUUAUUAAGAACUUGGUGGAAUUGGAAGAUGGUAAUUGA